CCAAGAACUGCCAGAUUCAACUGACAAGGUUAUAAGUUGAUUUCAGUUUUAGACAAGAGAUCAUGAAGAUUCUUCUAGUGCUGUGUGAGGUGACUUGCAUUUUGGCGGCAAUCUCUUCACUCACUUUUGAUCCAACAUUGGAUGAACAUUGGAUGAACUGGACAACACUUCAUGAGAAACAAUAUGGAAAGAAUGAAGAAAAGUGGAGGAGAUUAAUAUGGGAGAAAAACCUCAAAAACAUUAAACGUCAUAACCUGGAGUAUUCAAUGGGUAAACAUACAUUUCGCAUGGAGAUGAAUCAUUUUGGUGAUAUGACUAGUGAAGAGUUCACACAAAUUAUGAAUGGAUUUACUCCAAGGAACUCACAGAACACAGCUUUCAAUGAGCCAAUGCUCCAGCAAAAUGACUUUGUAGAAAUUCCCCAGUCCAUUGACUGGCGUGUACAUGGCUAUGUUACUGAAGUGAAGAACCAGGGACACUGUGGCUCAUGCUGGGCUUUUAGUGCCACUGGGUCACUAGAGGGGCAGAUCUUCAGGAAGACAGGGCAACUCAUCUCACUAAGUGAACAGAAUCUUAUUGACUGCUCGAGACAUGUUGGAAACAGAGGAUGUCAUGGUGGAUGGGUAAAACAAGCCUUGAAAUAUGUACAGAGCAAUGGUGGAAUAGACACCGAGUCUUCCUAUCCCUAUACUGGAAUGGAUGAGCAGCCUUGCAGAUAUAAACCUCAGUACAGUAUUGUCAACUGUACUGGGUUGAAGAGAGUCCUUAAGGGCAGCGAGAAAGCACUGGCGAUGGCAGUGGCCUCCAUUGGACCUGUAUCAGUUGGAGUUGAUGCAGGCCACUUGUCCUUCCAAUUCUAUCACUCUGGGAUUUAUCAUGAAAGCUUGUGCAGCAACUCCAAGGUGAACCAUGCAAUGCUGGUGGUGGGAUAUGGAAGUUACGGUGAAGGAGAAGAUGUACAGAAUUACUGGAUAAUUAAAAACAGCUGGGGAGAACUGUGGGGCACCAAUGGCUACAUGUUCCUUGCCAAGGACAUGAACAAUCAAUGUGGCAUUGCCUCUUAUGCAAUUUAUCCUCUGGUGGAAUGA